AUGACCGGCCACACCCUUGUGAUGCCGUGCCUGCAGAGGUACGCACGCCUUAGCGCUAGCGUCUUUGCUAGCACCGACGACGCCGAGGCUCAAGCAGCGCUUUCACCGUUGCUACAGUACCUGUUACUUCAGAGUUGCAACACCAGCGAGGUAGAAGCGCUCGAGCAAUGGUGUCGCAAGCAGGGGAACGAAGAACUGUUGAAGAAAUGCGGCGGCGAGGUCACGGCAGUGAUAAAGAGGCGUGUUUCGCAGCGGGCUCGUGUGCUCUCCGAGGCUGUGGCAAACAGGCAGGACAUGCUCGUGACGGAUGCGCGAAGCACCGUGGUGCCCGCCGUCAUAUGCUCUGCUGGUGCACAUGGCAGUGGGCGUAGCGGGACAGCGACACUGGUGCAGUGGUGGCACCUCAGCGACGAUGACCCGUGGAGCUUCACCGCGUCCGGGUUGUGUUCACAGGCUACGCGGGGCGGGAGCGAUGGGUAUCGAUUUGUGUGUCUGAGGGAGGCGCUUACGCUGGUGGGUCCAUACCUCGACCUAAUGCGUCAGGCUGCCGCAACGGGCGACUGGGAGGGCGUCUCGCGCCAUGUCAUCGAGGCGACGAACUACAUCAACCGCGUCUCCCUCAGGGACGAUCCGGCGGUCAUCUUCGGGUCUCUAGAGCUGUCGCGGUUGCACCUUGCUCUAGCCUUUGCCAGCGGCGGCGGUGUCGCCUCGGUAGAGAAGGCGCUACAGCAAGUGCGGGUAAACGAGGAUAUGCGACGAGCUGCGGCGCUGCUUGACGGGCUUGGCGCGAAGGAGCGAGACACUGCGGAGGUGCACUCGUCACCCAAUGCGUCGGCGGCCUCGGUUUCCAAAGCGCAGGCAUACUGGCGCUUGAUACUGUCGUACAGCACAUUCUUCAACACUGUCGCCGCCUACGUGGACGGUUCAUUGGGGAGGUUUGAAAGCUGCGCCAAGGCGCUUCUGGGGGACGGGACAGAAACAGGCGCCUGCCUCUGGGGAGCCGCACGGUAUCCAAGCAUACACUUCUGCUUGCCAGAUUCCACUGCUCGCGCUAGACAGCCCGACGCUCAGUCAAGCGGACCCAAGACACAGUCGGGCGCGUGCACCGUGAUGCCGGUUCUGUUUCCCUACUCUUCUAGCCACGUCCGCGCCAGCUCCUCGGAUCACUAUCUGGAUGAGUUUGCACCGCUGGUCACGCGCGUAAUUUCUCCUGCCUCGUCCUUCAGCACUCUUGUCGUACUCUCGGCCGUUGGCACUCUUCCACUUCACGUGGCGCUCACACAGUUGCGCACAUGUGUAGAGUUGCGGGAAGUGUACGAGGGCUGCAGUGAGCUUACCAGCCUCCUCGGCGCCCUUUGGUGCGGGCAACUGGGAGUGGCCUGGAGGUGCGCUAAAGCAGCAGCAGCUCGCUACUUGAAUCGUGAACCGCACGUGCAAGACUCCGUCGUGAAGAAGCUGCUGGAAUAUGUGAGGCUGAGUGUCUGCUUCCAUUACCUGCGUGUGCGACGAAUAGCACUCAUGACGGACGCGGCAGCGGAUUUAGGGUUCGAGUCGUCCGAGGAAGUCGCGGAGACGGCGACCGCCCUCAUCUCCUGCAACUGCAUUGACGCACGCAUUGACUUGGUGAAAGGGACAAUUUGCAGCAAUGAGCUAGGCGAGAGGAGUGAAGUGAUGGAGGUAAAGGCCGAGGCAACCGCGCUUGCCAAGCUGAGCUUUUCGGCGCUGAAGGUGCGGCUUGCCUGCUUGUCAGCGGAGCGGAACCUGAUCGCUUUUCCAGAUGAUGGUUGA